AUGAGUGAAGAUGGCAAACAAAAAAUUUCCGAAUCCCUUUCUCAAAAUUCAACUGCAGGUCGACAAGAUAAUACACAUUGGUGUUGUAAUAUUAACCCUGGUACUGAAGCAUUAACAAGAACUCGUCAAACGACUUAUGCUGUUCAACGUCAUUCACGUACUAAAUGCGGUUACAGUGACUGUGGUUUAUUUGGCUGGUCAAGUUGCACAAAAUGGUGUGAUAAUUAUUGGACAGAACUACAAUAUGGUGUUGAAACAUACCUAGCCUAUCAAGAUCGUCUUUGUCCAGCAGCAAAUCUUGUUUGUUGUGCUGGUUAUAUCACUGUUAUUAAUCAUUGUUUUACUUAUGAAGAAGUUAUGAAUAACAAAGAUAUUUUAGAGAUUAUUGUUGCUAUGGGUAUUCCUAUUAAUCCUACAAUGGGUUAA